GGCUGGAGAUGCCCUUAACCUGCCAAGCACGCGAGAAGCCCAACGGAGAGAUGGCAAAAGCGAGUGCCACGCCGAAGGUAGCUCGCCGGCGAGCCAACGCCGUGAGGGCCCUACCGAACGGGCCCCAUCGCUUCCUCCGCCUGGUCGCCACCAUCCGAAAAACCACCCGCCGCCGCCGCUGCCGCCGGGGCCUCGCCGCAGUCUCCCCGUCCUCGCCGCCGCCGCUCCCGACCUCCGACAGGCGGCAAUGCGCGGCCCGACCUCCAGCCCCCUCGUCGCCGCCGCCCCACGAGGCCGAGACGCCGCAGGAGUCGAAGCGCCCGGAGGAGGAGGAGGAGCACGCCGCUGAUGCCGCCGCGGAGGCCGUCGCGGGCAAGUACUGGGCCCACCGCCACAGCCUCUUCUCCCUGUACGACCGCGGCGUGCGGAUGGACGCCGAGGGCUGGUACUCCGCCACCCCGGAGGCCAUCGCCGCCGCGCAGGCCGCCCGAGCUGCGCCCGCAGGCCUCGUCCUCGACGCCUUCGCCGGGGUCGGCGGCAACUCCAUCCAGUUCGCCGCCAGGGGCUGCUACGUGGUCGCGGUGGAGAUGGAUCCCCGGAAGGUGGAGCUGGCGAGGCACAACGCCAGGAUCUACGGCGUGGAGGACAUGAUCGAGUUCGUUGUCGGCGAUUUCUUCCACCUCGCGCCUUACUUGAAGGCAGAUUUGGUGUUCCUUUCACCACCAUGGGGAGGGCCAUCAUAUAAUCAAACACCAGUGUACACCCUCGAUAUGCUGAAGCCAAAGGAUGGGCAUGCAAUAUUUCAAGCUGCUCAGAAAAUAGCUCCUAAUAUCAUCAUGUUCUUGCCACGGAAUGUGGACAUAAGCCAAGUAGAGGAACUUUCGUGGUUGUCUUCUCCUCCCCUGGAUUUUGAGGGGCUGCUACGUGGUCACGGUGGAGAUCGAUCCCUGGAAGGUGGAUCUGGUGAGGCACAAUGCCAGAAUCUAUGGCGUGGAGCAUUUGAUCGAGUUCGUCGUCGGCGAUUUCUUCCACCUCGCGCCUUACUUGAAGAGGGAGGAGAGGGUCACCCGACGCCCUUCAAGAAGGAUGGCGGCGCCCGCAGGCGUCACCGCGUUGGUGCCGGCAAGACCCGACAUGGAUUUCUCCCGACCUCUCGCGCCCACCAUCCAGGACCAACCUUCGGCUCCACCACACCCGCCGCCCACCAACAUGCGCCAACACAGUCACGAGGACACCGCCAUCGUCUCACCACGGCCAACGAAGCGAGGCCGGCCGGAUCCAAACGAGACACCCGUAGACAAGGACCAGCAGCACCGCAGCCACGAGGGAGGGAACAACCUCCACCGGCUUAGGCGGUAGCAGACCGGGCAUAGCAGCAGAGGCACACCAGACCAAAUGUUCGGCCGGGCCCAGCGCGUGCCCGCGAAGCUCCGCCGCCGUGCUUCAGCAGUCACGGCACAACAGCCGCCGUCCCUGUCGCGAGGAGCUCGCCGGAACCACCGGAGAACAACCCACUGCGGCCACCCAGCAGGCCCGCCCUGACCCAGAUCAGGCUCGUAGGGCCUAGAUCUGGGCCAGCCGGGCGCCGCCGGCCGCCGCAAGCCAUGGGCCGUCACCGCCGCCAA